UGGAGUCUGGCUGAGUUCCGGACGCAAGGCGGCCACUGGAGGAGAGCGCGGUGCGGCGCUUGCAGGCUUUGAAGUCGUAGCCGCAAUGUUCCGGAUCGAGGGCCUCGCACCGAAGCUGGACCCGGAGGAGAUGAAGCGGAAGAUGCGCGAGGACGUGAUCACCUCCAUUCGGAACUUCAUCAUCUACGUGGCCCUGCUGCGAGUCACUCCAUAUGUCUUAAAGAAAUUGGACAGCAUAUGAGGAUUGGGAGUCGGCGUGUGGCGUGAAGAGCCUGGUGGUGGUUUCUCUUCCUGUCUGCUGAUGAAUUGGCCCAGAAGGGUGUAAGACUGAUUAAAUGGACAUGAAAACUUGUUAAGAACAAGUUGGGAGCUGACCUUCAUAGCUGAAAUAUAAAACUAUUUGGGAAGUGCAAAAAGAUGUCUUGUGGUCAUGGUGUGCCCUUAAGCCUGUGAUAACACACCUCUGUGAGUGUUGAUGGAAUUGUAAGUAAUCUCAAAUUCUAAGGGGCUUAAGUCUGAAAUGGUACUGUCUUGGCAGUCAUUUCUGUUUACAACUUGUGUUCAAAGUGUAUUUGUGAAGAGUCUGUUUGAUGGAAGUCAACAUACACCACAAUGACAUUUAAGCACAAGACCAUCAGUCUAUAUUUUUAAUAAACAUUCUGAUGAAGAAA